GGUCAGGUGCAUAUUAAAUCGAUAAGUCCGCGGUCACACUGCUUGUCGCAUCAAAAUUUUGCCUUCGCACUCAAUUUAUCCCGUGUUUGUGUUGUUAUUUUCCCCAGCCAGCCUACCAACAAAUCGAUAUGGCAGCUUACACCGAGGAUCAGUUGGCUGAGUUCCAGGAGGCCUUCAAUCUGUUCGACAAUCGCGGCGAUGGCAAAAUCCAGCUGGCCCAAGUGGGCGAAUGCCUGCGCGCCCUCGGCCAGAAUCCCACCGAGUCGGACGUGAAGAAGUGCACGCACCAGCUGAAGCCGGACGAGCGCAUCUCGUUCGAGGUGUUUCUGCCCAUCUAUCAGGCCAUAUCGAAGGCCCGCUCCGGGGACACGGCCGAUGACUUCAUCGAGGGACUGCGUCACUUUGACAAGGACGCCAGUGGCUACAUAUCGUCUGCCGAGCUGCGCCAUCUACUGACCACGCUGGGCGAGAAGCUCACCGACGAGGAUGUGGAGCAGCUGCUGGCCAACAUGGAGGACCAACAGGGCAACGUCAACUACGAGGAGUUUGUCCGCAUGGUCAUGAGCGGCUAAAAAGCUUGUGCUCCACCACCCCAACACUAGCAGCAGCAACAUCCACACAAAACAAACAGUAGCAACAACAACAACAACACUAAACACCUGCCAAUCUAUCAGCUAUCAGCUAACAGCUAACAUAGUCGAUGGCCGAUCCAAAUGUAGUUCAUUCCGCCAGAAUUUCCAACUCCGAAAUUCCAAUUAACAUAUUCCUAUGCCCCAUGUCCUUUUGUCCAUCGAAGGACGGAUCAGAAUCAAUAUUCCAACGAAAGACAACAGAACACAACGACCAACGAUGGAAGAAGUAGAGCAAGAGCAGUUGGAGCAGCGGGCUGGAGACCAGGGCAGCUCUUCCGCCUUGCCCCAAAAACUAACUAACCAUCGAUACAGUAGACUCUUGAAUAACGAAUUAAUCCAGUACACAUCAUCAUGGCCGCGUGAAUAACUUGUGCGUAUUAUUCUAAAGAAAUAAGAGACAUUUGAACAGUAAUUAAACCCGAUAUUCCGGCGUUUCUUUUGUACCGCGUACUCUAAUCUUAAAAAAACAAAACAAA